UCCGUUGAUUAAAGCUGCGGUAAUUACCAUCAAUUGCGAAUAGCUAGUUUUUCUAUUUUAGUUUGUUCUAAUUCACAUUAAUCAUGUCCUUAACUGCCAUGGGCGAAAAAAGCAUAUAUUUCGAACAGGAGUCCCAGUCGGACAGGCUGGUGAGAAAGUCCAAGGAAACUCCAUUCUUUCCAAUCGCUAUUGGUGUGUGCACGGCUGCCGUGGCGUAUGGAGCUUACGCUUUCAAAAAUAGGGGAAAGAUGAGUACUAGUGUAUACCUCAUGCAUCUUCGAGUGGGAGCGCAGGGUGCAGCCGUGGGUUCUUUAACGUUGGGUCUGAUAUACACCAUGGUGAAUCAAUAUAUACUGAACAAAAAGAACUAGGGACAUGUAUAGUUCGUCGUAAUAGAAUAUAGUAUUCAUUUUAAGUUAGUGUUUAAUUAUUUAUAUAUGUCAUCGUUUGGUUGCCAAACCGUAUAUUUUUUUGACGAAAGUUGCGUACAAUACUGAAUUUGUGUACGUUUUAGGAAAUGUACUGUUAUAAGUUGUUUCGUUGUUACACCUAUUGUGAUAAUUAGAUGUAUUGCAUGAACAUUUUUUUAUCAGUUGCAUUAACUAUAACUUAUUUUUGAGAAAUAAAAUUAUUUUGUUUAA